GCACCCGACAACUCUCCCACCGGCGCUUCUCCGACCAAGACCGUCUUCAGCCGUCGUCUUUGCACCUGCAGCUACCCACGAUCUCAAGAUGGCACCCGCACAGCCCGAAUUGAAGAAGUACCUCGACAAGAAGGUCUUCGUGCAGCUCAACGGCUCCCGCAAGGUUGUCGGCGUGGUGCGCGGCUACGACGUCUUCCUCAACAUUGUACUCGACGAGGCAUUCGAAGAUAAGGAUGGCGGCGAGAAGGUCAAGCUCGGCAUGGUGGUGAUUCGCGGAAAUUCGGUUGUGAUGCUGGAGGCGAUGGAGCGUAUAGGAGGCGACGACCGUGGCCACGGAGGUGGCAGGUAGUUGGUUACUCGCAACAAGUUAUGCCGCCCAGGCACCAGCAAAAAAAAAACGACAUCAGAACGCCAUUACACCGCAUCGAGUGUGACGCCCCAAACAUGAAGCCGAGGCGUUCCUCUUUCUCGGCUCGCCCUUGGAGCUUCAUGCGUGGAGGAGCUGACGCGUUCUCCGGCGGUCGAUGGAUCAGACACGAUCCGGCCCCGUCACCUGUCGAUGGUCGAGGAACCCAUGUACCCUUCCUUACAAGGCGUUGUUUUUCCCGAGAUCUUUCUUAGAGGGCUCUUUUUCCGGAAGAGGAGUGAUACCCGGCGGUUGAAACAAAAAGUUUUUAUAGAAAGAGUCAUGGUGCAUGCAUCCCCAGCAUGAAAUCUGAGCAUCGACGCGGUCCCGCAAGGGGGCGGCGAGACUAGCGCGCCUCUACUUGGACUGUUCCCAUGCUGCCGCCUCGUACCACUCCAUCUGCCUGCUUUCGUACUGGGCUAC